UUAGAUGAUUGGAAGUAGUGAUGUUAUGUGAGGACAGCUCGCCGGGAAAGCAGGAAGCGGCGUGGGCAGGUCUCUCUCUCCCUCUCUCUCUCUCUCUCUCACACACACACGCGCACACACUCAGUGUGUGUGUGUGUGUGCGUGUGUGUGUCACCGCCUGCGUCAGACGCCAGGAGGGAGUUUUCCACUGACGAAAAAGGCUGCGCUGCUGAGCGGUCCGCCUCAGACAAGGCAAAAACGCUUCAGCUGCUACAGCAGAAAGACACAAAAGCCCAGCCUCUGUGCGACCGUGUUUGCCUGGAUUACUUCUCCCUGUUCCGUCAUUUUUUACAACAAAAAAAACCAAAAACUCUAUUGUGAUUUUCACUAAUGGUGAUCGGAUACUCAGUUCCUUGGUUGAUCAGCACUUUAGCGCCAUGAGUGGGCUUCACAAGAGGAAGUUUGAGGAGGUGGAGGAGGACCCAUGCUACUCUUCAUCCUCUCCCUCGUCUCUCUCCUCCUCUGCCUACUCCGGCUGGGACUCAGAUGGCGAGAGCUGCUAUUCGGACACCCUGGACUCCACGCCCAGUAACCCGAGCUCACCAGCAGCGUCGCUCAACACCACCUCAAUCCUCAAAAAGACCAAAAGACCACGGAGGGGCAAUGUGCAGUUUGAUCAGGUGACCGUCUUCUUCUUCCCACGGUGCCAGGGUUUUACCAGUGUACCUAGUAGAGGUGGAUGCACACUGGGCAUGUUGCAGAGGCACAGUGCACAGCGCCGCUACACGCUGGCAGAGUUUGCUAUUGAACAGCGCCGCCUACGGCGCGAGAAGAUCAAGAACAGAAUGAAAGAAGAGAAACUGGAGGCUCUGAAACAGAAGCUGACUAAGAAUGGUACACAGGAGUCCGAAGAGGCGGACCGGCUGACUGUGGAUGAUAUCCCCGAGGAAGAGAUCGAUCUCAGCGGUGUGAACUUGGACAGUGGGUCAUUCCUCCACCCCUACCCAUCCAAGAGGCGGCACGCCAUCCUGAAAGCAGCCGGAGUGAAGAAGAUUGACAAGGAAGAGAAGAGGCAGCUGCAUGAGCUGCGCAUGUCACGGGAAGACUGUGGCUGCGACUGCCAGGGCUUCUGCGAGCCCGAAACCUGCAGCUGCAGUUUGGCUGGCAUCAAGUGUCAGAUGGACCACUCAUCCUUCCCCUGUGGCUGCACCAAGGAUGGCUGUGGGAAUACAGAGGGCCGCAUUGAGUUUAACCCCAGUCGUGUUCAGACCCACUACAUUCACACCAUCAUGAAGCUGGAGCUAGAAAAGCGUCUGGAGGAGCAUGCUUCUGAAAAUGAGGCCACUUCAGAUGAGCAGCCCAAGAUGAGCUCUGGAGACCUCUGUCCAGCAGAGGGUGGCGGUGAGCCUAACAGCUCAAGCUUUCAUUUCAACUCUGAAUUGGCAGCAGCUGAAGAGAACAGCUGUAGUAGUGACAUGACGGACUCCUCUAGUUCUUCGGGUCAGAGCGAGGACUUGGAAGCGGCUGACGCACCUCAGAGUGAACAGUCCUCUUUGGACGUGGAUGAGAACGGACUUGCACAAAUCCUGAGCUUCAGCGACACUGAUAACGAUGAAUGCUCUCUACAAUGCAGGGAUGCCGGCUGCAGCCAAGAGCAGAGAAGGACUGAGCCGUCGUCUGUAGGAUACGGCAUCUUCAGUACUGUGGAAAACGUGGACAGUGAUGAUAACGCUUGCACACCACAAACAGACUCUACAGACAGAGCGGCGGCUGUGUCCGAGCUCUUGGAUGAAAACGCAAAUCAAGACGACACACUCUUUCACAGCGGAUCAGUUCCUAACACACCGUCUCCUACGAUCGAUAAUUACAUGGACCUGAGCCUCUCCUCGGAGUCUGACUUGGAGUUCUUUGACGGCUUCCCCUGUCUAGGGCCCAGCUCGCUGUACAACUCUCUCAAGGAGUAUGAACAUUUGGACAACUUUUUUCAGUUUCAGUUGCCUGCCCACCCCAGUUUUCCACAAGUCAAUGACCAAGGCACCGGUCUCUUGGAGUCGCUGAUUGGUUUGUCAGAAUCUGUACCAGAACCACCUGCUACGUUCACAGACAAUCAGAUGCUGGAAGAAGCCAUGAAGUUGUCUGUGAUGGAGUAUGUAAAAGUCUGAAGUGGUGGACGUGUAAUAUUAAACACUAUGAAAAAGAGUAUACAAUUGUAAAUGAAUACAGCUUUAAUGUAAUUUUGUAAUUUAUGGCAGCCUCUGGCUAUCAAGGCCAUCAAAAUUUGCAUUAGUUGCCUUGAAAAUGUUAGCAGUCUUAUUAUUAUUAUUAUUAUUAUUAUUAUUAUUAUUGCCAUCAAAGUGGCAGCUAAUAUUUCGGUUUAAAGUCUUUGGCUGCCGGGCUAAGAAUAUUUGUACAUAUGGCCAGGAAGGUUGAGCUGAAUUUGUCACCCACAUUGGUGUUACUAAUAUUAUUACUAUUGAUAAGAUUAUUUAUAUGAACUUUACACAGGGCACAGAUGGGAGUCUUUAAAAAAUGCUGAUUAUGCACCUCAGGGACUUUUUCUAGCUUUUGGAAGCAAUGUAUUGUGACCAUACAUCGCUGUGAUGGACACUAUUUGGCUCUUCUGAGAAUUUCCACCAAAACUCAAACAGCAUUUUAAAGACCCCUUUAGGGUUUUUCCGUCUCUGUCACGUUUGUACGGUCUGUACGUAAUCACAAAGCUAGAGGAAGACUCCUCUUUUUCCACAAAAUGGCUCAUUGGGAUCUAUAAUGGUACACGAAUCUCCCCAAAGGCUCCUCAAUUAGCACUUUACCUGUGAAAAUAUCGAUGAAACUCAAGUGGGGGGCGGAUGGGUUGCUGACGUGUUGACUCCUUUGCAUUCAGUAGAGACGCCGCACCAUUUUUUGGUGUUUGGAGCGUCAAAAGUUAGCACAAAAGUUAAGAUACCGAGCAUUUGUGUUAUUUUAUUAACACGCCAUGAAUAUUUCAGUUUUAAAAUCUCAUUAAAUACUCAUUGUGGAGAAUCAUUGCAUAACUGUGAUAUCUAUUUACCAUUACUACUUAUUACUCUAUUUAUUCCUUAGGUUUUGAGUUUAUUUAUUUAUCUCUGAACACCAACUGAGUAUCUGAGCCACUCUGAGCUCUGGAAAAGAGAAACAUGCAGCUUCUUUGUGAGAUUUUUGGGCCGUUUCUCGACGCUCAAUCCAUUCACAUUAACUAACUUGUGUGACACAAAUUUCAGUUAAAUUAUUUCACGUUUCAUUUCAGUAGUAUACUAAUUUAUUAAAUAGUUGCGCAAUAAAAAAAGAGCGGUGUUAAAAAGUUUACUCUAUGUGCCUGUUAAUCUAAGGAGCCAUGGUUGCUGGUCUAUUGUAAAAAAGAAAGUUCUUUUCUAAGUGAUAAGCGUUAAAAAAAAAAAACAACUAAAAAAAACAACCUACCUAUUUCCUAAGAUCAGAACUGCAUUAUUGCCCUUGAUGUUGCCUACAAUAUAGAGAAUUACACUAAAAUUUUCUAAUUUAUGUAGAUUUGAGAGAAUUCUAAUCUCUAUCAGUGACAAACUAUUUUAUUAAAAAAAAAAAAAAAGCCAAUUUUCAUCAAAUAUUGAAACAUUUGUAAUAUAUUAAUAUAGUUACGCAUAUAGUUAUACUUCUAAACUUUAUUCUGGCCAGAAGUAAAAGAUUAUUUCUUUGUAAUGCCUUUUUCAGUUGAACCGAGACUGAGUUUAAGCUAAAUUCGAUUGUAUUAGAAUGUUUCAGCAGAAAUGAUUGACCACAUAGAUUGUGGGUGUAAAUGAUUAGUUCAAAAAAUCUUUUGGAUAAAUUCUGCAUAUAUUAUGCAAAAGUGUAUCAUAUUAUGCAAGAACAACAACAUAAAAAAACCCACAGCGUUUCGUUGCCCAUGUCUCAAACCUAAAAUGAAGGUGGUAAAGCUGUAAUGUCCUCGAUGGAGGAACAUGUAGACAUGAUGUACAUACUCCACCUCCCACACUUAGUUUCUACAGCUUGUGUCAACGUUAUAAAGCUAUUGCAUGUGAGAUUUAUUCACAUUUUCGUCUCAGUAUAUGAUUUGCAAGCGCAAAACUGCACAAUCAGAAACGUAUUUGCUUUUUGCCUUCAUGUGCUGUUCUUGAAACACAACAUUCAUUUCCAUUCUCAAGAGGGCACUGCUUUUUGCAAGUACGCCUUAUUUCCUUGUAAAGAUGUAUCACUCCUUAUGAAGAAAUGGAAAAUGAUGGGUAUUUAUUAGGCAUAAUUAUUGUAUGUUUUGAUCUACAAUGCUUUUGAAAGUGUUUCUUAAUUUCGUCAGUUAUGUUGUACAUAUUUUUCAGCUUAAAUGGUACUACAGAGCAAACCGAGCUGCUUUUUUUUAAAAUAUAUUUUCACGCUCAACAGGUAAAAGCUGUUCAUUUCAUUCAAGUCAUUUGACAGUAGUUUGUCAUUUCAAAAUAAAAGUUCAGCUUUUUCUUA